CGUCCCGUGUUUCACUUUCUGGACAGAAAAUACAACAACGUGUGAUCCAAUGAUUAUGAUGCUACAGUAACAGUGAAACGAGUGUGAUGAAGAUGAUUGGCACAAAACACAAUUGCAUCUAUCGUAAUCGCAAAACAACGAGCAUCGAACACGAAAAAUACCAAGCUGCAAAAAUGAUGUCAAUAGAUCAUAUCUCUUAAUCCAUAUUGUGAACGAAACAACACACUCUGUUGUUGUAACAGAUAUUUACGUUCGCGCCAGAAAAGAAUCGAAAUCGAAAUUGGGACCAUUUUAUCAUGUUUGAAAGGCAGCAGAGGGAUAUCCCUCCUGCUUUCGCAUCCCAAAGCUUCAUCAAAACUGCAUUUCUUCUCCUCGGCGUUGGAAUUCUUCUCCCAUGGAAUGCGUACAUAUCUGCCAAACAAUAUUUCGUCUCUCGUCUCUGUGGUUUGUCGCAAAAUGGAAUCACAUAUAACAACGUUGAUCAGACCAUUGAAAUGUGGUUUUCAAUCAUAUACAAUGGUGCCAGCGUUCUCUCACUCGCCGUUGUGAUUUUAAUUCAGUAUAUCACGGACAGCAACAACCUCUUCAUGACUUCAAAGGCUACGAAGGGAAUAAGUUCGGUUCAGUCAAUGAUCUUCAAAAGAACGAAAAAUCUUUCAAUUUCGAUGAUGUCGAGCAGUACAUCAUUAGAGGGGAGAAUUGACACAAGGCAUAGCACCGAUUGUGCAAGCUGGUAUAUGGUUAUGGUUCCUCUAGCAGUAUACCUUGCUGUCUUUGCAAUAUCUACCCUUAUGGUAUUUUACACAUCGAUUCAGCCUCAAAUAUUUUUACUGCUAACCCUAUCUGGAUUAUUCAUCUGUGGAGUUUGCACGGCUAUUGCUACAACUGGUGUGGUCGGUACCGCAGGUCUAUUUCCCGCAACUCUGGGGAUUAAUCCUUUUUUUAACGGCCAAGCUAUGGGGGGGCUUCUCGUAGCAUGUGCCAACUUUACUGCAUCUAUUCUAAAUGGGCCGUUACAUUUUGUACUACAAUAUUGCUCCAAGAAUAUUCCCUUCAAGGCAACAGUACACAAUACAAACGAACUUGUUGAUGAGCCGUACAAUGAGACAAAUCAAGAGAAGACCGUCUGCAUAGCUUAUGAAGAAGUUAGUUUGGCUACAGCAGGUUACUUUUCUAUGGGUACUUUCGUACUUGCAGCAUGCAUGCUUGGAUAUGAUUACGUCGACCGAUACAAACGACGGGUUCGGAAAAACAGCUUUGCUUUGGUAGAAGAUGAAAGUGCAAAAUCACCCGAUAAAGUCGACAAAGAUGGAGACCACAAUGGUGAGAGAUUAGAACUCCUCGUAGUAGAUUCGGUUCCCGAAUCGUAUACAUCUGCUUUCGAUCAUAGUGUGAACGGAAAUUUAUCAGACACCGAUAUGAUCACGAAUAAGAUUCCUAUGAGCUACCAAAAUCACAAAUUGAUAACAAGUGAAGUUCGAAGACAGGACAGCAAUGAUACCGACUUCACCGAAGCAACGGAAAACACACAAGGUGUUCUCGGGUCGGUUUGGUUACCUGUUCGAGGCGUCGCAGUUUCACUGUUUUUUACAUAUUUUUGUACCCUGGCCGUCUUUCCUGCAUGGACGUCAGAGCUCAUCAGUGAUUUUCAGUGCACUUCUCUAUCAAGGUUACGAAAUGAUCUAUUUGUACCCCUCUCAUUUGUGAUUUUUAAUGUGGGUGAUUUGGUUGGACGAUUCAUGUCGAGUGCAAUUAAAAUUGAAGAAAUCAAGAAUCUGUCAGGCAAACUUGUCUGGAUAUCAAUAGCGCGAACGUUCGUUUUCUUUUUCCUUUUCCUCUUUUGUAAAGCUCGGAAAAACCGCUUUCAAAAUUGGAUUCCUUUUCACGCUGAUAUGCAGUCUUGGACUAUUCAAUUUAUGUUUGCAGUUACGAAUGGAAUUUUGACGAACAUUGCGUUUUGUCAUGCUCCAAGAUUGGUUGAAAAUCGGACGAAUCCUCAACAAGUUGCUUCUGCGAUUCUAAACUUUGCAAUGACGUUCGGUCUUCUAAUUGGAAGCUUCUCGUCUGGUCCAUUUCUUGAAUUUGCCUCGGGGGCACCCUAACUAGAGUUAGUAAUAUACGGAUACCUCAGUCAGAAUCACCAAGUGAGUAGAAUUGGUUUCUCACAUUGAUCAGCAGUCGAUAUCCACAGAGCAUAACUACCGGUAAUUUAUAAUUUCUCUUCGAACGGUGGAAGUUAGAAAUACGAAGACAAUGCACUGGGGGCUACGAAAAACUGCGGACCAAGCCAUAUUAAUUAAAAUGCAUUAAUUAAAAUGUAUUGAUUAAAGUGAAUGCUGACUUGGAACACACAAAACAGUGAAGAUAAAACUAUAAACCAGAACCGUUCUUUKGUAGUCAAGACUCAAAUCUCUUAUUCGGGAAAUCUUUGGGCAUCAUUCGCGACUGUUGGGUAUUGAAUCCAUCAAUGAAAUUGUUCGUCUUUGAUCCAGACACGCCAUCGGCACUUCAAUUUUACUCUGCGUCCCCGUCACUCUCUUCCUCGUCACUCUCUUCCUCCUUACUCUCAUCCUCCUUACUCUCAUCCUCCUUACUCUCAUCCUCCUUACUCUCAUCCUCCUUACUCUCAUCCUCCUUAUUCUCAUCCUCCUUACUCUCAUCCUCCUUAUUCUCAUCCUCCUUACUCUCAUCCUCCUUACUCCCAUCCUCCUUACUCUCAUUCUCCUUAUUCUCAUCCUCCUUACUCGUAAUGAUUUUCGAAACGACCUGUUCGGUCAAGUAUGCUUCGGCAAUUU